AUGGAGGAGGGCGAACCGAAGAGGAGCGACGAGGAGAUCACCCUCAAGCCGAAGAUGACCCUGGUCAACGGGAUCACGGUGAUCGUGGGCAGCAUCAUCGGAUCCGGGAUAUUCGUGAGCCCGUCGGGCGUGCUGAAGAACACCGGGAGCGUGAACGUGAGCCUGAUCGUUUGGACCGUUUCCGGGGUGUUUUCUAUGGUGGGCGCUUACUGCUACGCCGAAUUGGGCACGAUGAUAAGGAAAAGCGGCGCCGAUUACGCCUAUAUCAUGGAAACCUUCGGUCCCUUCGUCGCUUUCAUUAGAUUGUGGAUAGAAUGCAUGAUCGUCCGGCCUUGUUCUCAAGCUAUCGUAGCCUUAACCUUCAGCCAGUACGUGAUGAAGCCUUUCUUUCCGGAAUGCGAUCCGCCCGACAGCGCUGCUAGACUUCUAGCAGUUUGUUGCAUAUGUGUUUUAACUUUUGUUAAUUGCUACGACGUGAAGUGGGCUACUCGUGUUCAAGACGUAUUCACCUACGCCAAACUGCUGGCACUGUUCAUAAUUAUAGCUGCUGGAAGUUACGAAUUGUUUAAAGGACAUACGGAACACUUCACUUUUAUGAAUACGAAGCAUGAAAUAACUUCUCUGGCUUUGUCAUUUUAUUCCGGAUUGUUCGCUUAUAAUGGAUGGAAUUAUCUAAACUUCAUAAUCGAGGAACUAAAGGAUCCCGUGAGGAAUCUACCUCUAGCAAUAGCCAUUUCCUGCACUCUGGUAACAGCUGUGUACGUAUUGACCAACAUCGCUUUCUACACCACCCUAUCGCCGGUGGAAAUCCUGGGCUCCAAGGCUGUCGCGGUGACCUUCGCCAACAGGCUGUUCGGACCCUUUGCCUGGACCAUACCGGUGUUCGUCGCCCUUUCUACCUUCGGCGCAGUAAACGGCAUUUUGCUCACGUCCUCGAGGUUAUUCUACGCAGGCGCCUGUCACGGUCAAAUGCCCGAAUUGCUCACCAUGAUUCAAUCCAAGAGGAUGACGCCCACGCCAUCGGUUUUAGUCAUGGCGAUUUUAUCACUCCUGUAUCUAACAGUAUCCGACAUCGAUGUUCUUAUAAACUACGUGGGAUUCGCCACUUGGUUGAGCAUAGGGGUAGCAGUGCUGUGUCUUCCGUGGCUCCGUUGGAAACGACCGGACCUCCCCAGGCCCAUAAAAGUGAGCCUCUUCUGGCCGGUGUUGUAUCUACUUUGCACCGUGUUCGUGACUGCGGUGCCGAUGGCGGCGAGUCCCUACGAAACCGGCAUGGGCACGCUGAUGAUAUUGUCUUCGAUUCCUGUCUACUUCCUCUUCGUGUACUGGCCGAAGCCGGAGUGGUUCCGGAAAGGGUCCGAUGGAGUCACCGUGUUUUUGCAAAAGAUAUUCGUCGUUGUUGGUUCCCCUAAGAAAGUACCAAAUAGUCCUAUUAUCGAACCAAAUGGAAUAGAAUAUCUCGAAAACUAA